AUGGACGUUCCCGGCUUCAGGCACAGUGUGUCACAUCCAUCGGCGUACUCGACAUCCCAAGUCUCAGCAUGGCUCCGGCGGCUACGCUUACCAGUCCACUACCACCAAUACAUUGAUGACCCUUUAGGGAUUCCCAAAACGUACCAGUCGCUGGAAACUCUAUUCCAGUGCCAGAUUACAGUCUUCCCGUACGAGAACCUCGCAGUGCAUUAUUCACCGACUCAUCUCGUCGACAUUAAGCCAGAUGUGCUCUAUCGCAAGACGAUGGAGGAUCCUAUCCGAGGCAGAGGCGGCUACUGCAUGGAACUCAGCAUAUUCUUUCACCACAUGCUUCGUGGGCUCGGGUUUCGCGUCACCAUGACUGGCGUAAGAAACCGCACGCGAACAGACGGCGUUCCCAGCGGCGAAUACCAAGGAUGGACGCACAUUAACAAUAUCAUUCAUCUCCCGGAUGGGACAAAGUACAGCGCCGAUGUUGCCUUUGGCGGCGACGGACCAACGGCGCCGCUGCCGAUGAACGACGAGGCGACGAUCCAUGACAACCUCGGCAGCCAGCAAGUCCGUCUCGUCCACGGCCACAUUGACAAGCAGCAGCGCAGCGAGCCGCGGCUGUGGAUCUACCAGUACCGCAACGGCCUGGACAAGGACUGGGCCUCGUUUUACAGCUUCGCGGAGCUCGAGUUCUUCCAGGAGGACUUUGCGGUGCAGAACUGGUGGGCGUGCGCCCACACGCUGCAUCGGUGGACGGUGCUCGUGGUGCGGUUUCUGCGGGAGGGCGAGCCGCUGGAGUUUGCAGAGGGGCGAGAGGGCAGGGCUGUGGCGGAAGAUGGUGGUGAUGUUGGCAUUGCGGGCAAGGUCAUGCUGGUGAAUGACGUGGUCAAGGUCAACCUGGGUGGCAAGACGCAGGUCGCGUGUCGGCUUGGGAGUGAGAGGGAAAGAGUGACAGCACUGAAGACGUAUUUCAACAUCAGUUUGCUAGAGAACGAGGUCAAGGCUAUCCGUGGCUGGGACAUGGAGUUGGCGUAA